AUGGCGGACUCUACCGCGCCGACAGAGCCGGUCGCAGAAGUCUGGUCCUUCCCGACCGAUAUCUCAGAAUUCGAUCACGAUGAGCGCAUCUCCUUCUCACGCCUGGAGAACAAGUACAUUGCAGUCCAGGACGACGGCACAGAGUACGAGUUUGACACGGGACUCCGCCGCUGGAUCCCCAUCAUAGACGAUGACCUCAUAGAGGCGCAGCAAGCAGCCUACGCCGCGGCGCAUAGUGCUGGCUACGACGAGGACGACGACAACCGGGCGGGAGGCGGUAACAGCAACGGUCGCAAAAGGAAGCAGGACGGCGGCGGCAAUGGAUACGACGAGGCAAACGGCAGGCAACGUGGCGGCAAGCGUCAACAGCGCGCGCCGCCCGCCCCCAAGCAGAACACGGCCAUCUACGUGACGGGCCUGCCGGCCGAUGCGACGGUCGACGAGGUCGCGGAGCUCUUCUCGCGCAAGUGCGGCGUCAUCGCCGAGGAGAUCGACUCGGGCAGGCCGCGGGUCAAGCUGUACACGGACGCCGAGGGCAACUUCAAGGGCGACGCGCUCAUCGUCUUCUUCAAGCCGCAGUCGGUCGAGAUGGCCAUCAUGCUGCUCGACGACACGGACUUUCGGUUCUCGCCGACGGGCCAGAGCAGCGGGCGCAUGAAGGUGCAAGCGGCGGACUCGAGCUACAAGAAGACGAACUAUGACCAGGGCGGCGGCGAAGGCCAGGGCGAGGGCGCGGCGGGCGGCGGCGGAGACAACGGCGGCGGCAAGGGCAAAAAUGGCGGCGGCGCACGGCGUGGAGACCAUGCUGACAAGCAAAAGAUCAUCAAGAAGACCCAGAAACUUGACGCCAAGCUGGCAGACUGGAGCGAUGACGAGCCGUCCACGAUACACCAGGAGAGCCGAAGCUCCAAGUGGGACAAGGUGGUCAUCUUGAAGCACAUGUUCACGCUCCAGGAGCUCGACGAGGAUCCGGCAGCACUGCUGGAGAUCAAGGAGGACAUCCGAGAAGAGUGUGCCAAGCUGGGUGACGUGACCAACGUUAUUCUCUACGACCAAGAGGAGGAGGGUGUAGUGAGCGUCAAGUUCAAAAAGACCGAGGCCGCGGAGGCCUGUAUCCGGUUGAUGGACGGCCGGAACUUUGAUGGAAGAGUGGUGGAGGCUUCAUUGGCCACGGGCAAAGAGAAGUAUCAGAAGUCCAAAAUGAAUGACGACCAUGGAGAGGAUCACGAUUAG